AUGUGUGACAACAUCUUGCAAGUGCAGUUACCACCUAUUUUAACCUCCCCCGCCAGGAAAAGAUGGCGUUGGGCGUUUAAAAUUCUCUAUACUGCCAGGGCAUUACUGUCUACAGCCAGGAAAAUUGUUGCGGAAAACAAGACUGAGCUCUUGAGCAACUUUUCGCGCUCUCAAUCUUACACAACAGUUGAUAUUGAACCAGAAUGUUUUUCAAACAUCAACAAACCAACCUUAGCAAAACUCGUUCGAGUUAGAGAUGUUCAACAGUUUGGUGGGGUGGAUGGCUUGUUGUUUAUCUUGAAAGCUGAUGCUGAGAAGGGUAUCCUAGGUGAUGUUAAGGAUAUUGCUUCUCGGCGCAUACGUUUUGGAACCAACACAUUUAAGAAGCCAUCAAUAAAUCUUUUGCAAAUCCUGUUGAAGAGCCUCAAAGAUCCCAACAUCAUCAUUGUACUACUGUAUGUUGUUUUAUCCCUUUGUUUUGGGAUAAAAAAACAUGGGCUGAAAGGAUGUUUGGAUGGGGGAAUUAUACUAAUUGCCCUGUUUCUUGCCAUCAGUCUCUCUGCUUAUUGUAACUAUUGGCAGAAACAGCAACUUUAUGAACUUUGCCGGCCAAUUGAAACUGUCCCCAUUCUUGUGAUUAGGGAUGGGAAGGAUACGCGUAUCACAUUAUCUGAAGCAGUUGUUGGAGAUGUCAUUCGCUUGAAAGCCGGAGAUCAAAUCCCUGCUGAUGGGAUAUACAUAGGCCAGCAAUCUUUACAAAUUGAUGAAUCAACCAUAACAAGGAAAAAUGACCUUGUGGAAGUUGACAAUAGCAGCAACAUGUUCUUGUUAUCUGGUAGCAAGGUCUUGAAGGGUAACGGUCGAAUGAUUGUUACAGCAGUAGGCAUGGAUACAGCAUUGGCAGAAAUCAUUAGUCCAGUUUGUGUCAAUCAUGAUCAUAAAUCACUUUUACAAAAGAAACUGCACAAACUGACCUCACAGAUAGCAAAGGUUGGUUUGGCUGUUAGUUUCCUGGUUCUCUUAGUGCUGUUGGUCCGUUACUUCAUAGGGAAUAUGCGAAACAAUGGGAGAAAGUUGUUCAUUGGAGGUAAGACAAGUAUACAAGAUGUAUGGAAAGCCUUUCUUGGGAUUCUAGCAACUCCAGUUGCAAUUGCAUCGGGUGCUAUUCCAGAAGGUUUAACACUAGCUUGUGCACUAACCAUAGCUUACUCAACCAAGAAGAUGAUCGCUGAUCAAGCACUUGUUAGAAGUCUUUCAGCUUGUGAAGCAAUGGCCUCUGCUACAGUGAUUUGUACAAACAAGGAAGGCGUACUGACUGAAAACUCUCUGCAGGUCAGCCAGUUUUGGCUAGGCAAAGAGUAUAUUGGAAAAAGUACUUUCUCCUCAUUCGCACCAGAAAUUCUUGAUCUGCUUCAUGAAGGAAUGGCGCUGAACACAACCAAGAUCCCACCAGAUGGAUCUUCAUUUGAACACAUUGAGGAUCAAAUUCAAAAGGCAAUUUUGGCCUGGGGCAACAAAAGCAUGAAUAUGGAUUUACAACAACUGAAAAAAAGCUGUACACUUGUCCAUGCUGAAAGCUUCAACUCGGAAUACCAAGGGCGUGUUUUGAUAAGGAGGAAUGCUGACAGCAAAGUACAUGUGCACCACAAAGGAACUCCAGAGGCAAUACUGGAAAUGUGUUCACGUUACUACGAGGAGACAGGAGAUGUCAAAGAUAUAAAUGAUGAUGCUAGAGCAGCGUUGCAGCAAACAAUUACAAAUAUGAAAAGGGAUGGUUUGCAGUGUGUUGGUUUUGCAUAUAGAGUUGUGACAGCAGAACAUCAGAUUGAUCAUGAAGGGAAUUUCCAUCCCAAGCUCAAAGAAGAUGAUUCGAUCUUAUUAGCAUUUGUCGGUCUGAAAGCCCCAUGUAGAGAACAAGCACGGAAAGCUGUGAUGAACUGCCAAGAUGCUGGGGUGAAAAUCAAAAUCAUUACAAAGGACGAUAUCCACACAGCUCGUGCAUCAGCUAUUGAUUGUGGUAUAAUUGGUCCUGAUCACAAUACAUCUACUGAAGAAGUCAUUGAAGGAACAACAUUCCAAGAAUAUACUGAAGAUGAAAGAUUGGAGAAAGUUGAUAACAUUCGUGUGAUUGCAAGAGCCUCAACGCUGGACAAGCUUCUGAUGGUACGAUGCUUGCAAAAGAAAGGUCAUGUUGUCGCAGUUACUGGAGACAGAGUGGGAGAUGCAGAAGCGCUUAGAGAAGCCAAUGUGGGGCUUUCACUGGGUAAUCAAGGAACUGACACAGCAAGGAACAGCUCGGAUAUUGUCAUCAUGGAUGAUAACUUUGCUUCCAUAGCUAGAGUUCUAAGUUGGGGAAGAACCACAUACAACAAUGUUCAGAUAUUCACCCAAUACCAACUAACAGCAACUAUUGCUUCUUUGGUGAUAGACUUUGUGACAGCAAUUUCAGCUAACGAGCCCGUGACCAUCAACAUUGUCACAGUAAUUUCAGCAGGCAAUGUUCCCUAUGCAAUGCUUCAGGUACUUUGGGUAAAGCUGAUGGUGGGGACAUUAGCAGCCGUGGCUCUCACUAUCGACAAGCCUGGAACAAAGCUCAUGCAACAGCCACCAACUGACAAAGAUGAGCCAUUUAUAACCAAUAUCAUGUGGAAAAAUAUACUGGGACAAGCGUUGUACCUGAUCUCAGUGUUGCUUACCAUCCAAUUCACAGGUGAAUCAGGAUACCAAUUAAGUGACAAGGAAAAGGACACAAUGAUCUUCAACAUCUUUGUGCUUUGUCAACUAUUCAACAUAUUCAACCUGAGAAAGUACGAAGGGGGUCUCCUCAGAGAGCUAAAAACAAAGCGGUUAUUUUGGGGGAUUGUGGGAAUGAUAGUCGUUAUCCAAGUUGCGAUGAUUGAAAUGCUGAAGAAGUUUGCAUGUACAGAGAGGUUGAAUUGGCAGCAUUGGAAAGUUUGUAUUGGGAUAGCUGCUUUAUCAUGGCCAAUUAGUUUGCUCAUAAAAUGCAUACCUGUUCCAAACAAGCCUUUGUUUAGUUGUAGGAAAAGCCAGAACUUUAGUUACUCAAGAUUUGGAUCAAGUGCUAGGAUAUAG